AUGACUGAUAAUGAUCUAGAGCAACUAGCCACAUUUAUGGGACACACAACUGGCAUACACCGAAAAUCUUAUCGGCUUCCUGAUGAUGUUUAUCAGACCGCCAAAAUUUCGAAACUUUUGCUUUUAAUGGAAAAUGGAUCAUCUGUCGAUUACAAAGGAAAAUCACUUGAUGAAAUAGAAGUUGAUUUGGAAGCAGGUUUGGAGCAGGAAAUACCAGAUGUUGACCCUGAAGAAGACGACCUCUUUCGUUCACAGCAGGAAAUAAUGCCUUCUACAAGCUCCAUCACACAUACAGGAGAUAAAGAAGAUAAGAGCGAAAAUGAAUUAUCAUUACUGGAUCAGAAAUAUAAGAAAAAAGCAACAGCUAACAAAAAACAGAAAAUAAAAAUUGCAAGGACUCCAUGGACAGAUGAGCAAAAAAAAGUUGUGACAAAUUAUUUCGAAUUACAUAUUAAAGAAAAAAAAGCCCCAAAACAAGCUGAAUGUGAAACACUAAUUUCAAUGAAUCAUGAUCUUCUAAAAAAUAAAAAUUGGUUGAAAAUUAAGCUAGAAAUGUCUCACAACAUAGCGGGUAACUGCAAGCAAAUUUGGGAGGCCCAAUCCGCCAUCCCCAUUCACACGGUUUUAAUAAGGAGAGGGAUGGUGGGAGAGGCCCUUCCCACACCCUUUUUGAUGGCGGUGUGGGGUGUAGAGUUUGAGGCGGCAGUAGUUGGAGGAACUCUACAAAUUACCAUCCUGAAUGCUCCGCCUCCAGACUCCAAUUAA